AUGGAGGAGCUGGUUCGGGAAAUCACCACGAAUGGCCUGCAGCACAAAUUGAACAACCUACCGAGAACCACCCACAAGAUAUACGAAGCGGCGCUGACCCGAAUUAAGGCUCAAGAGGCCCGCAAGAGAGAGCUCGCCAUUGAUCUCUUGUCCUACAUAGUGCAUGCUGCACGACCGCUAACAGUCCACAAACUGAAGCUGGAGGACAUCCAUGGCGACAUUUUGGCUGAUGGCUACUUGACAUCUACUUGUGCUGGCAUUGUCAUGGUAGAUACUGAGACUUCCAUUGUGCGUUUAGUGCACCAUACUGCACAACAGUACUUCCAAGACCACAUGGGCAAUGACCAAGUUUUCCACAAAGGCUCGUCAAGUCUGGCGGAGAAAUGCUUGAUAUACCUCUCGUUUGCCGAAUUCUCCCAGGUUCUGUCAGCAGACGAGGUGCAACAUCGCAUGGCUAUGAGUGACAGCCGAAUAUCGUCUGAGAAGCGCGUGACAGGCCUACACUUGGCAACAUAUUUGAACGCUGUGUCAAGUGUGAAUCUGCUACUUUCUAAAUCCAAUGGUGUUGAUGCGAAAACACAAUACGGAGAAACUGCCAUGCAUUGGGCCAUUGACUACGACCGUGUCGAUAUUCUAAAAGCCUUGACUCAGAAAGGAGCAGACAUCAACGCUACAGACAAGAAUGGACGAACUGUUUUGCACCGGGCAGCAGCUUGCGGCAAAGUGAAUUUAGCAAAGAUCCUUGUCAAAGCAAAGCAGAUCAAUCUCAAUGCCUUAGACAUUCAGAACUAUACACCCCUCAGAACAGCCGCGCAUCAUGGAAAUGGAUCCAUGGUCCGACUUCUCGUCGAACGUGGUGCUGACUUGGACAUUCGGAAUGAACAAGGUUGGGCCGCAUUACGAGACGCCGCAUUGCGAGAACACCACCUAAUCGUAAAAUACCUCAUUAAACAAGGAACCAACUGCGAAGUACAAGCCACCAAAGGCCACUACUGGUCUGUCCUGUGCUGGGCCGCUACUCAGGGUCAUAUAUCGGCAGUACGUCUACUGAUCGAAAAGGGAGCCAACCUGAAUGUCACUACCGAUGAGGGCACAUCAGCACUGAGAUGUGCCAUGGAAUACGGGUAUGGGAAGGUGGUAUGGCUUCUCGUGAAAGCUGGCAGAAAUAUCGACUUGAAUCUACCAGACCACGACGGAUGGUCACCGCUGCAUGCAGCGGUAAAGAGGAGUCUUGUGAGCGAUGCUAGCUUCUUAUGGCUUCUUCUGGAAAACGGUGCGGACGUGAGUGCGCAGACCAAAAGAGGAUUGACAGCCUUGCACAUUGCGGCGGAGGAGGAUGACAUUCCGAUUGCUUGGGUGCUCUUGGAGAAAGGUGUGAAGAUCAAUGUGAAGAACAAGGGCGGCAUGACGGCGCUGCACAUUGCGAGUCGUCGUGGAAAUGAUAAAUUCGUCCGCUUUUUACUGGAAAUGGGCGCAGAUCCGAUUGCGGUCGACGCAAGCGACAAGACGGCACUUCACUGGACAAUCACUGAGCUGGUUGAAGGUUCGACAGAUCACCACAAGGUGACAAAGCGGUUAAUCGAGUGGAUGGCCAACACCGCUUUCCAGGACGGAGAGGGUUUAUCAGCACUUCACAACAUCGCUUCCGAAGGUUCGCUUUCUCCUCACGACCGCGUUCCUUAUGCUGAGAUGUUGUUGGAAAGGGGCUGUAGCCCGGACAUUGAGGAUUUCCACGAAAAGCGGACUCCUCUCCAACGGGCAGUACACAAGAGGUAUCACGAGUUGGUCCAUGUUAUGAUGGCUGCGGGUGCCGACGUGAAUAAGCAAGAUGAGUACGGAUGGAGUGUUCUCCAUCUUGCUGCAGUGGCAGGCGACCAGGAGAUGAUCGACAUACUUCUCCAAUCAAGAACGGGCGAUCUUAGUGUCCGGAAUAAUUCUGGGCUGACACCAAGCCAGUUGGCAGAGCAAGUAGGGCACAAAGAUCUCUGCUGGGAGUGA